UUGUAUAUUUUACAGGCACAAGUUCUCUCUCUCGCCGGUUGGCCGUCGCCAUGGCUUUCCACCACCACCACCACCAUCACCACCACCACCACCACCUUCAACAGCAGCAGCAACAUCAACAACAACAACCACAACAGCAACAACAACAACAACAACAAUCAAAACCCUCCAUAAAUUUAUAUCCAAUCGAUGGUUCGAUUUCGCCGCCUCUCGCCUACUUCAACACCAUUAAUAUCCCAGAUCAGUCUCAUCCUCCUCCUUAUGUACCUCCUUUUCAUGUGGUCGGGUUAGCUCCCGGUUCGGUUGCCGGCGAUGGGGGCGGCGACAUGUUGUGGAGUUAUUGCACUUUAGAGCCAAAGAAGAAGAAGCUGAAGGAACAGGAUUUUUUGGAGAACAAUUCCCAGAUAUCGUCCCUUGAUUUUCUGCAAGUGGGAUCGGUCUCAACUGGGUUAGGGCUCUCUCUCGACAAUAGCCGCAUGACUUCAUCUGGCGAUUCCCCAUUGCUCGCUCUUAUUGGUGAUGAUAUUGAUCGCGAAUUACGGCGGCAGGAUGCUGAGGUUGAUAGAUUUCUCAAAACUGAGGGUGAUCGAAUGCGGCAGGCUGUCUUAGAGAAGGUUCAACCCAGCCAACUUCAAAUUAUCUCAUUUCUGGAAGAAAAAGUUCUUCAAAAACUCCGUGAGAAAGAAAUUCAAGUGGAGACCUUGAACACAAAGAAUAUGGAGCUUGAAGAGCAAGCGGAACAGUUGUCUUUGGAAGCUGGUGCUUGGCAACAGCAGGCCAAGUACAGUGAAAACCUGAUCAUGACCCUGAAGUUCAAUCUCCAGCAAGUCUAUGCUCAGAGUAGAGAUAGUAAAGAAGGGUGUGGGGACAGUGGGGUGGAUGAUACAGCUUCUUGCUGCAAUGGCCGUGCUGUUGAUUUCCACUUGCUUUGCAAGGAAACCAAUGAUAUGAAAGAGUUGAUGACUUGCAAGUGCUGCAGGGUCAAUGAAGUAUGCAUGCUUUUGAUACCUUGCCAUCAUCUUUGCCUGUGUAAAGAUUGUGAAAGUAAGCUUAGUUAUUGUCCCCUGUGUCAAUCAUCUAAAUUAGCUGGCAUGGAGGUCUACCUGUAAAGGGAUAGAUGGAACAUUCUGACGUGAUAUUAGAGUUAUAUGAAAUGUAGUCAAAAUUUGUUUACUGUUGCUUUUUUAUUUAUUCUUUGCUUAUUUAUCAUUUCUGUAUGCUCGACAUUUUUAGCAUUGCGCAUUGUGAGAUGUUCUGUUAAUCACUUACGAGAAUGAUCUGAUUAGUGGUGUAAAUUGUAUUUCUUUAGUUUGAUAUAGACUGGUUUAGUAGUGUCUGGAA